CCACAAUGCAGAGCAAGUGGAAGAAUUGAGUUGCGAAGACCGCUGUGUAUGAAAACACUGAUCUGCAUACAACCUACAAAACAUGGAGCUUAUCGGUGACUGAAACCAUUUAGAUUCAGAGCAAUCCAGACUGAAACAGAGCUUGGAUAACUGCUAUUUUAUUUUACUAACAACGCAUAGGAGGAGUGAAAGAGAUACACCUAUUGGUCACUGAAGUAACGAAGAGCUAAGAUGGCAGGAAGAGAGCGCAGUCCACGCCACAGGCCAUGGUCCGUGUAUCGAGCCAACACUUUUGAUCUGUCCUCUGAGAUGAUGGGGUUGGCGCUAGCUGGAAACAGUCAGGAUCCUGAUGAGCCAGUGCUUGAGUUCAGUCUGGCAUGCAGUGAACUGGUCACUCCAACACUGGACCGUAAGCCCAGUAGCUUUGUAGCAGUGAGCUGCACCACACCUCCACAGGCAUUCUGGACCAAACACGCACAGACUGAAAUUAUAGAGGGCACCAGUAAUCCAAUCUUCUUGAGCAGCAUUGCCUUCUUCCAGGACUCUCUGAUUACCCAGCAGACUCAAAUCAAACUGUCUGUCUACGAUGUGAAAGACCGCUCACAGGGGACUAUGUAUCUGCUUGGUUCGGCUAUGUUUACAGUAAAAGAGCUGCUUCAAGACAAACAUCAUAGGUUGCACCUCACACUGCGAUCAGCAGAGAGCGAGCGGAUGGGCAAUGUCACCAUCAUCGCAUGGCAGAUGGAGGAGAGGAGAGACCAGCGAGCUCCUCUGGCACGUUCAGACACAGUAAAUGGCAGGAUGGUGUUACCUGUUGAUGAAAGUCUAACCGAAUCUAUUGGAGUAAAAGCAAAAUCUGCAUCCCUAUGCAAAGAUAGCCUUUUAAAGGCAGUGUUUGGAGGCACUAUCUCACGGAUGUACCGAUUUUCCACUACUGAUGGAAACCACCUGCGAGUCCUGGAGCAGAUGGCAGAGAGCGUGCUCUCACUACACAUACCAAGACAAUUCGUCAAACUGCUGCUGGAGGAAGAUGCUGCCAGGGUGUGUGAGCUGGAAGAGCUGGGUGAGCUGUCCCCUUGCUGGGAGAAUCUACGGAGACAGAUCAUCACUCAGUACCAGACUAUUAUCCUCACCUAUCAGGAGACUCUCAGUAAUUUACACGAAUACAAGGGUCCUUCCUUUAAAUCUAGCACUCUGAAAGGAGAGAAAAGAUUAGAGUUCUUGCCUACAAACCUUCACAUUCAGAGGAUGAGAGUGCAGGGCGAGUCUGGCUAUGAUCGCACAUAUGACGUGGUGACCACAGGGGCCCCUGCUGCACAUCAUCAGGGCUUUAAGGGCAGCGGACUCAGGAAACUAAUUCAGAAAUUUGAGGAAGCCAAAAAGCAUGCUUAUGAGGGUGAAGGUGCUAGGGAGUCAGCUCCACUCACAAUGCGGUACCAGCCACAGGAUGUGUUGAAAGCUAAAGAAAUAAUUUCCCAUAUCAACACUCUCAAGACUCAGGUCAGCUACUACACAGAGCGCCUGUCCCGUGCUGCCAAAGAACGUUCGACCAACGCACUGGAGAGAACCCUCGCUAUACUGACAGACAAGACCCGGCAGCUGGUGACAGUGUGUGACAGUAAGCUGCUAACUACAGCUAUCCAGGCACUGAGUGCUGCACGCCCAGAGUUCAUCGCCUCCAGAGGCUCUUCCUCCAUCCCGGACACUGUGGCCCUGAAAAAUGACCAGGGCUCUCCAAAGGCCAGAUGGAGUGGGAAGGGGAACAGAGCUUCCAUGAAUGUAAACUGGCAUGAGGAGGAGUGGGAGAAGAUUUGGCUCAAUGUGGAUAAGAGUCUGGAGUGUGUGAUCCGAUGUGUGGACAGACUGCUGACAAGAGAGCGGGCGCAGAGUGACAGCAGUGAAGAUGUCUUCAUGUCUGAACAACAGGCCGAUGCCAGCAUGAGAGGUAGCCAGGGCAAUGCGUUCUGGAUCAACCCUGGUGACGGGCUCUCUCCCCCUUCCUCCUCCACCCCCCUGUUUUCAUCACACCCUCGCUCAUCUCAGUACUUUUCAUCAUUAUUAUCAUCAUCCAGAUCACCCUUACUGACCUCUGCAUACUGCUCCAGUUCUAACAGACACUCCUGUGGUAGUCCCAGUGGUGAAGGGUCCUCUCCUGGUGAAUGGAGUGAAGCUCUGUAUCCACUCCUGACCACUCUCAAUGAGUGUGUAGCCAUGAUGAGUGACAAAGCCAAGAAGUCCAUGGUGUUUCUUCUAAUGCAAGACAGUGCUCCCACUAUUGCCAUGAGUCUGGCACUACAGUACCGCAGAGAUGUGGUUUUCUGCCAGACGUUGACGGCCCUGAUCUGUGGAUUUGUUAUAAAGCUGAGGAACUGUCUCAGUGACGAUGGUUUCCUCAGACAGCUCCACACUAUCGGCUUACUAGUCCAGUUUGAAGGUCUACUGAGCACCUAUGGGGAGGAGCUUGCCAUGUUGGAAGACAUGAGCGUAGGCGUCUUGGACCUGCGGAAUGUCACCUUUAAAGUUACCCAGGCAACCUCCAGCUUCAGCCCCGACAUGCUACCUGUCAUCACGGGUAACAGAGAUGGGUUUAACGUGCGUGUACCAUUACCAGGGGCGAUGUUUGAUCUGUUGCCACGGGAAAUUCAAAAUGGGAUGCUGCUGCGUGUUCAACCAGUAUUAUUCAAUGUAGGAAUCAAUGAGCAACAAACACUAGCGGAAAAGUUUGGAGACACAUCGCUACAGGAGUUAGUGAAUACAGAGAGUCUAGCUCGGCUUACCUCCUAUUAUGACCAGUUUAAAGAAGUGUUGCCUGAAGACUGUCUACCCUGCUCUCGCAGUCAAAACUGUGUGCCUGAGCUACUCAAAUUCCUUAGUCAAAAUGUCAAUGCCAAGAAGAGCAAGAAUGUGGACAUCCUGUCACAGGCAGCAGAGGUGUGUCGGCGACUGAAUGGUGUCCGUGUGACCAGCUGUAAGAGUGCGAAGGAUCGUACGGCCAUGUCAGUCACCCUGGAGCAAUGUCAAAUCCUCCAGCAUGAGCACUGCAUGGCCCCGCAGGUUUUCACCCAGGCCCUGGACUGUAUGCGCAGCGAGGGCUGCAGGCGAGAAAACACCAUGAAAAAUGUAGGCAGUCGCAAAUAUGCCUUCAACUCUCUCCAGCUGAAGACUUUCCCUAAACAGUACAGGCCACCAGAGGGCACCUACGGGAAAGUGGAAACUUGAUUUGAUGACUGGUCAGCUGUUCUAGCUCUCCAUGGCUAGAGCUGCAUGUUUCUCCUCGUCUGCUUUACUUUAUUACCACAUAUCUGAAGAAAAGUUAUAUUAUGCACAGUCAUGCUGAAUCUGCUCUGGUUAUCAUCCAGAUGACAAUGUUAAUAUUUUUUGGCCCCCAGACUCUUUUAUGAUCUCUGGUUCUGAGAAGGAGAUAAGGAAAGAAAAUCACUUGAAGGUUUACGAGUAGCUUUCUUGGUUGUUGCACUGAAAGCUAGGUAUGAAGGCCUGUUAGACCCUUAAUUACUUUAAAAGGAGAAAAAAGAAAAAACAACACUGAUUUGAUACAUCAGAGCAGUUCCCAAAUAAUCCCAAAGCUCCUAAUUCAUUCCAUCUGCAUUCAUUUUUAAAUGUUUCCAGCACAACGCUUUGUUUUUGUACUUAAAUACAAAGGUCAAAAAUAUCAGCACUGAAGCAAACACGUUUUAUCAUCCUUUAGAGUGUAUUCAAAGUUCAGUAAGUUAUAGGUUAUGUGUAAGUGCUGUGGCAUUUAGACAACUUGUUCCCAAAGUCAGGUUGUUAAGUUAGAGAAUCCAUACACACAUACAAUUUUAGGAUGAAACCAUUGUUUAUUAUCACUUCAUUUAAGUAUACACGAUACUUGUUGCCUUAAGAGAGUCAACCAUUGCAAACUCCCACAAUGUCAAUGUAAAUAUGUAGAUACUAAUCUGUGUAUGACUGUUUGCGAUGUUGCAGAGUGUUUUUUUAUUUUUUUUUAUUUACUUUUGAUUUAUUUAUCUCUCUGUAAAAGGUUUAAAAAACAACGUUAGUGCUUUAUUGCAGGCCUUUACCCUAUUGACUGCAUAAGACAUGUUGUGCAUUGCACGGACUGUAGAGUUUAAGAGGAAAAGCUUCCUCAAACUGUUGCCAACCACAGGCAGUCUUUGUACAGUGAUCAUACGGUGUGAAUGUUUGUAUGUUUUCACAGUACAAAGUUUCUUUUUAAAAGUUGACAUUUAUAUAGUUUGAUAUGAAUGUCAGUACUGAUUUAAUAAGGAGCACUGGUGCAACUGGUCCUAAAAUGUGAAGAAUAUUUCCUGGAGUCUUUUGUUUUUGCAAGGCAGAGGGUUGCUUUCAGACUAUUUUAUUGUAAGAGUUAUCCUAAACAUUGACGAUCAUGCUACAUUACACAACAUAAUAAAAGAACAACAAAUAAUUCUGUAAAGACUAACUCUGUGUUUAAUGACCUCAUGUCUGCACAACAAGAAAUGUGUAGAUCAUAUUAGUGUAGUCUAUCAUGACCACAGUGUGAUAACAUCAGCAUUUCUCUCUGCACAAAUGGACUAGUUCCUGGUUUGUAUACAACUGCAACUUAGGAGACAAGAGCAUGUGUCUUAACCUCUGGUUGCAUGAUGCAGGAAACACAUUUUAAAAUACUACUAAUAGUAAUUAUUUAAAGUUAUAACCAUAUGCACUGCAAGGAAGGUAGGCUAAAAUGAUUGUGAAAUGAAGUUUCACAUACAGACAUUUACAUGUAUAUUUAAUUAUUGUUUUUAUCACUCAUUUUUUAUUUAUGUUUUCAUGUAAAAAUGUUCAAGUGCAUAAGCACUAUUAUCUUGUAAGAGCAUGCUGUCCUAUUGUCUCUGUAUGAUUUUUUUUUUUUUAAAUCCAUGUUCAAACACCAUGCUGUACUAAAAUGUCUUCUCCAAAUAUACAGCUUUUAAAUUAAAAUUACAUGCAAGCUACUUCAUUGCUUUGUUCAUUA